AUGGAAACGUUUGAAUGUCUACUCUAGUAAAGUAUGCACAUAAGCACAUACAUAUCUUCUAUAUAGAGUCAAAGUCAAAAUAAAAGAACACAAAUCCGCUCUUAUGCGAGGUGCUCAGCGCUUCGGCUGGAGGAGUGAGUGAGUGCGCUAUGAGCUCGGUGGUGGCUGAAGUGAAAUGGUGAAUGGUGACAAUAGCGCUGUCAUUAUGUGCUCUUUAAAAUAGUCGGGCCGUGGUUUUUUUUCUCUGCCGGGCGUGUUUGCCAACACCACGAGCUGCAAGCUGGUCUGUUCGUGGUGAUGAGUUUCGACGUUUUCGGGCUCAACAAUGGCACUGCAAAAGGCAAUACGCAACGGCUAGGCAGCAACAACAAAAAAGGCAACAACAGCAAUGUGUUCAUCUGAGUGUCACUGAGCACGCAACCAACCACACUCGCAAUGCCACUCAUUCACACAGACACACAGAUACUCCAAGGUAAAUGCGACGUGUUUGCACAACAACAACAAUUUAACUGUGUGUAUGUAAGUAUAGACGACUUUGUCUCUUGUGUCAUUCGGCAGAUACCCAGGUUGGUUGUUCGCAGCAGAAUCGCUUGCUUGCUCUUUCGACGCGGCCGCUGCUGCUGCCAGCUGUGCUGGGUCGCUUUGGGUGACUGUCACAGCAGCGACGAACUCACGCUCAGUUUAUCUCGAGUGGCCGUGUGCGGCGUGUGUGUGCGACGCAGCGAAUCGAAUGACGCAGCUAUCCUUAUCGGCUGGCCCACGAACACGUUCGGUUGAGAGCGUCGCAGCAAAGUGUCCCCAAGCAGAACAGGGCGGCAGCGCACACAAAAGUCAACCAAGAACUUUGCGGGGUCCGCUUCAUGCGUUUGUCAGCGGCGGCAGCAGAAUGUGAGCGCAUUGGUGUGGUGGUUGCCUGCAGCAGCGCGCUGUGCGAAUGGUGCUUGCGUUGGUGUUGGUGUCACUGUGGCAAGCGACGCAGCGGUGUGUGAGCAGCGGCGACUGCACAAGUCGCUUGAAGUCGGUUGAAUUCUCACAACGACAUUAUGUGCCACAGUCUGUCAGUGUCACCCACGACUUUGUAGGAAGUGGACAUAUGUGCAGGAGUGAAGUAAGCGAAGAAGCACGACGGGUACUUGCUAGUUGUCUAAGAACUAAGAAAUCGUACAGACACAUUUGACGAAUCGGUCGAAAAUAAGAAACAGCCGUUUAAAUGGUGUUAAGUGUUUAACUAAUAGAGUACUGACAGUGCUAAUAACAAUAACAAAAAGCAAGUGAUACAUACUUCUGCAAAUAAAAAAUAUGAUUUCUGAAAAAACAAGUGCAACACAAAGAGUGUAAAUAAAUUAGAAGACAGUAACUUAAAGAUUUUCUAUGUAAUAAAAGGAAAACUGUUGUGAAUUUUAAUCAAAUAAAAAAACUUUUUUCGGACAUUAUACAAAUAAUACUGGAGCGCAGCUAAAGCGUUUUAAACAAUUUCUAUAAAACUGAAGGAAUAAUUUAGUGAAGAAGAAAGCGAGCUUAGACAUUUUUUAAAAGAUAUAAAUACAACGAAUCUCAGUAAUGGAACACCUCAUAUCGACCUUCAUGCCUCCCGCAUACCUGAUGGGCCAUCCGUCGACAGCAGCGCCCUGUCCAAUUCCCGUUGCCUCCCCCGCCACCUCACCAAUCGGCGGUUCCAUGGGCAAGCCCAAGCGGUGGGGCUCACCGCCCGUUAAUCUCGCAGCCCAGUUUAUCAACCCUGUGACGGGCAAGAAGCGAGUGCAAUGUUCACUUUGCCUGAAGACCUUCUGCGACAAGGGUGCGUUGAAAAUACACUUCUCCGCUGUGCACCUGCGGGAGAUGCACAAGUGCACUGUCGAGGGUUGCAGCAUGGUGUUCAGCUCACGCCGUUCGCGUAAUCGCCACAGCGCCAAUCCUAAUCCGAAACUGCAUUCGCCCCAUAUCCGCCGCAAGAUCUCACCACACGAUGGCCGCACAGCGCAACAGUUCCCCGUGUUUUCGUUGUCACCUGCCGGUCUGUUACCUUCGGCCGCAUUUCCGGGCCUCAUGCCACACUCAGCUGCUGCGGCUGCUAGCUACGGCGCACACCAGUCCGUAAUGUUUGGUGAUUUUCCAUCGUCAGCCAAUGCCGCUGGCUUUCAUCACAUGCUAGCCAGCCAGGAGCAGUUGGAAAUGAGGGCAGGGCUACGGCUCAGUUCCACGGGAACAGGUUCAGCUUCUGCAUCCGAUGCGGAUGGUGAGGAUGACAGCUAUAUACUUGAUGUGCACACCACCGCCUCCAACACUAGUCACGGUGACAGUAAUAGCGAUGUGGACGACUACUGCAGGGAAAUCGAUGCCGACGAUGAUGAGGAAACCGCCGACGUUGAUACAGAAAUGACGCACGAAUUCGACGAAGAAGUGAUAUCAGUUUCUAUCGAUGAGAAAGCUGCGGCUAAUUUCGAUCCUAUGGAAGACUCAAAUGAACCGCUAGAUUUCAGUCUUCACAAGCGUGAUGUAGCAGUAGAAGAGCGUUUGUCCAGCCCAGUUACCGUAGCAAUGUCUGGCAACAGCAGUGACUGCGGUAGUCCACAACGCACAGCAGUGCCAAAGUCCAAUGGUUUCUCGGUGGAUUGUUUGUUGGGCAAACGUAAGCGCAACCACAUUGAAGAGCACAAGGAGCGUCUGUCCCCAGUCGUUGUAAAAAUGGAAGCGGAAGAAGAAUCUUCCCGGGACUAUAUGUUCGGACUUGAUCUGACCUCUCAACAGACACAACCAUCGACUGUCAAUACAGAGUCAGCGGAACAUUUUCUCACAUCCUCGCACCUUCCUCCGACCGCCUUAUCAGCAGAGGCGCAACAACUGCGUCUCUUGCAGUCGCAAAUGUUCGCCGCUGCCGCUGCGGCCGCCGCUGCUCAGUCUUCCGAAGCGCCCUACGCACCGACUACUCUGCCCGCGCCCGAAUUAGGCUCCGACGCAGCCUCACCAGCGGGACCAGCACCACCCGUGUGGAACUUGCUCUCUGAAGUAUACCGCUCAAUGUUCAUCAACGGCGGCAUGCAGCAGCCAACCCCGCCUCAGCCUCAAUACACUGAAAUCCCGACGAGUGCGAUUUCGGUGUAGAGCCAAGUCACUUGCGUUGUUACCGUUCAGCCGUCCUUGCUAGUAGUCAUCAUAAAUACCGUGACCUUGUUAUGUACUAUUGUAUUUAAUUUUAGUUGUGUAAAUUCGUACUGUUGCUGUUGGAGUCAGUCGUUAGACCAGUUGUGGGCCGUAAAGUUUCUCGGAUUUAAUUGUAAAUAUUUAUUGUGUAACUAAAUAGGUGUAUUAGUUGUAUAAUUUGUACAUUAAUUUCAUUUUACCUGCGAAAGUAUUCAUAUUAUUAAUGUCUAAUUGAGCCCCCUCAUUGAAAGCAGUGCCGGUGGGUCCCUCAUUUGUCGUAGCUUCUUAGUAAAUUUAUGCUUUGGUUAACUUCUCUUUCAUUGCGUAAAGUUAAUUUUUAGUUUUUGUUCUAAAUUAAUGCGUUUCUCCUGAAAUUAUUAGAGAAUUACUCAAGCUAACUGUAAUUGAUGUACAACGAGUUAUCGGGGAGUAAACCUUAGAUUUUAAACUUUAAUUUAAGUAUUUGAACAUAUCAUGACAUUGGUGGUGUUUAGCCAAAGUCAGUAAGUAAAUUUAGCGAAUUGAAUAUGAAAGUAUUAAAUAAAAAAGAAAAUUUUUAAGCAAAAUGA